GCAACCUUGGGAUCUGUGCCUUUUGUCUUUAAAUGAUUAUAGCAUGUUAAUACGGCGCAUGCGUUGUAGGAAGGAACAGUCUAUACCUGUUCUUGCUCAUUUAUUGUUUCCUGUCUUGGCCACCAUCAUACAGAAAGUUGUCCCUACCUAAUUAAUGUACUCAACCAUCGCCUACCUGUGGAGUUUUCUGCUUCCUCACAAGGACUCUGUAGCCAAAUCUGAAAACCAGCUCUCCUCUCGGCUCUUUGUGGUGAUUUCUAGUCAUAAAAUUUCGCCACAGAAGUAGUUGAUUUCAGUUUGGUAUAGCUUCUGUUCGUGUGCUGUUUAGCAGUAAUCUUUUUCUUGAGUUCUUUGGUGCGAGAAGAUGAGCAGUCCGGCAGAUCCGCUUGACCAGGAACCCACCGCCAUCGAAUCCAUAUCGACAGAAGAAAAAAGAGCCGACCAGUGCGCCGCGGGGAUAGCUCAGAUGUCCGUCAAAGAGGCGCGGGCACUGUCGACGGUAGCUGAAGCAGAUGAGCUAGAUUCUUCUAAUGGCAGCAUAGAGCAGCACGUCUCAACAGUAGUAGACGGAGAUCCUGGAUCGAAAUCAAGGACUCCAAAUGUGAUUGAUGUUGAAAGGGAAAAGAGCGGCUGGGUUCGACGUCACAGACACGGCGCAAUGCCUGAUGAAUGAGCCGCUAGUGCAGAAAGGAUUAGUGCACUGGAAUUAGCAUUUAGAGGAUUCGCUGAGAGGAAAUGAGAUGAAGUCGUAGUGCCUUCUAUGGGGUUGACAUUUGAUUCGCUAGGAGAGGCCUACGACUACUACAAUCUGUAUUCAUGGGAAUGCGGUUUCGGAAUCAGGUACGGGAAGAGUCGUACAAAUGUCAAAGGUGCUAAAAGCAUGCAAGAGCUGCUGUGCAACUGCGGGGGGAAACCAAAGAAGGUGAACUCUACCUCUUCCAGAACAGAGUGUCCAACGAUGAUUAGAUUGCUGAGAACUGAAGAUGAUGGCUGGUACAUAUGUGAGUACAGAGUCUCUCACAACCAUGAGAUGUUACACACAUGCGCCAAGAAACUCCACUUCCCUUCCCACCGACACAUAGACAAAUACACAAGAGAGCUGGUAUCUCAACUGCGUCAGAAUAAUGUCAACCUCAGCAAUGUUUACAGCAUAAUAGGGACAUUUUUUGGUCGCAUAGAGAAUGUUCCUUUCACCAAAAGAUGCAUGAGGACCUUGUGCGCGAAACUAAGCAGAGACCAAGCAGAUGGAGAUGUUAAGAAGACAAUGGAUUAUUUUGCUGAGUUGAAGCAGAGUGACCCUGAGUUCACUUAUACAGUUCGUGUAGACAAUGAGAGUAGAGUUAGAACAUUGAUAUGGACAACUGGGAAGAGCAAAUUACAGUACCACUACUUUGGUGAUGUUGUUACAUUUGAUACUACCUACAGGACAAAUCUAUACAACAUGUCAUUCGGACUAUUUGUUGGGGUUAACAACCAUUUCCAGAGUGUUAUAUACGCUGGUGUACUUAUGCGUGAUGAGAAAGUAGAGAGCUUUAACUGGGUUUUUCAGAGUUUGUCAAGUUGAUGGGAGGGAAGAAACCAAUUACCAUUCUAACUGGUAAGUAAGUUGUCAAUUUGGUAAUAUUUUUUUUUUGUAAUGAAAACUGGUUGGAUCUGAUAUUGACCAAUAUGAAUGUAAUAUUCACGGACCAAGCAAGAGCCAUGGAGCUAGCUAUCGAGCAAGUUUACCCAGAUGCAACACAUCGUUGGUGUAAGUGGCACGUUUUAAAGAAAGCAAAAGAAUCGCUCGGGACUUUGUACAACAAACGGAGUGAAUUCAGGGUUGAGUUCCACAAAUUAAUACAGGAAAUGUUGACUGAAGAAGAGUUUGAAAAACAAUAAAAAGAGUUGAUUGACAAAUAUUCACUGCAGAAGAAUACUUUCCUCAUACAGACUUAUGAAAAGCGACAUAUGUGGGCGAAACCUUAUUUUGCACGGAAGUUUUGUGCCAGGAUGACUAGCACACAGCGUAGCGAAAGUGCGAAUCACAUGCUCAAGAACUACGUACCUCCAGGCUGCCCUAUGAAUCUUUUUGUGAAACAAUAUAGCAAGCUUCAAAUCGACAGAGACCGGGAAGAAGGUUUCCAAGAAAAACGUACAAGACUGGGAGGUGUUGUACUGAAGGCAAACAUUCCACUGGAGAAGCACGCAAGCAAAAUAUACACGAGGACAAUGUUUGAAAUGUUCUGUUCUUAUAUGUAUGCAGCUGGCUCAUACACUGUAUCGGAGAUAACACCGAAGAAAUUGUACAGAGCAACUCAUGUGAAUGCAGAGAAAAGAAGCAAGUACUGUAAGACUGAUUUUGAAAUAGAAAUAACUGAUGAUGGGGAAAAGUACAUAUGCCAAUGCGGACUAUUCGACCACAUGGGUAUGGUAUGUUGCCACAUAAUCAAGGUGAUGAUGGUAUUGGAUGUUAAAAUGAUCCCGGCACACCAUGUCAUGAAACGAUGGACAAUAGAUGCACGUGACAUCCUACCUGACCAUCUUAAACAUUACGAGAAAGACAUGGGUCCUAUUGAAUCUCCAACAUACAGACACUCUGCUUUGUACAAUGCCACACUUGAGCUGGUUAGACUUGGCGACACAAAUGUUAAGAGUUACGAGUUCACUAUUAAUUACAUAAAGGAAGGAUUAUUGAAUGUGGCCCCUCUUUGCAAUAGGGGAGAUGGCAUGAGUGUGUUGGACAAAGCUUCAAGCGUUGCUAGGUCAAAUGCAACAAGCAAAAUCAGGGGAGAUAUGAGCAUGAACAUGCCAGCUGAUGCACAAGAAUUUUCAGAACUCCGUCACAUUCAUAUGGCAAAAUGCACAAGGUCUGAAAGUUCGUGCAUGAAUGGAGGUGAUGCUAACGAAGGUGAAAGUUCAGAGUCAAUGAACGAUGUAUUCUCACCUGAUAGAAGUCACCAUGAGUUAUCCGCACCACCUCCAAAGAGGUUGAAAGGCAGACCUACAACAGCAAGAGAGAAGGCGCCUUAUGAGAAGAAUGUUAAGAGAUCGAGAUUCUGCAAGAUUUGAAGGGGCGAAGGACACAAAUGCACAACAUGUCCAAUGAGAGGUGAUGCAUCGGUUAAACCGCGAAAACAAUCUACUUGCACAAAUUGUGGUGUAGCAGGGCAUCGACGGAAAAAUUGCGGCAAGAAGGCAGUGUUCAACGACAAGAUUGUUAUGGAAUGAAUCAUGAAGUGUUGAACCAGAAUAAUGAAAAAAGAUGAAAUGGACAUAACUGAUGGGCCGAGGCCAACUUGAAGGAGUGGGGCGAAGGGCCUGCAAUUAAUACAAUCAGUGCCGGAUUCAAAUUUCAAAAAACGACAGCAGGACCAAGCACGUGCGAUCGUCUUUGUUCUAUAUAUAGAAGCAACGGCUGUUCUCCAGGCACAUAGCCUAUACUUGCAAAUGUGAGUUAGACCUGCGGCUUCAUCAAAGCUUUUAUAUCCAUAAGAUAUUUUUGAAUUUCAAGAAUGGCUAAGAGGCUGAGGUCUGGUGGCCAGAUCCAUGCGGAGCGAAUAGUGCUCAGGCCUCCUAUGUCAACAGCCAUAGCUGUGAUGGAGGUUGGAGAUAUACUUGAUGAGAACUAUUCUGGAGAGGCAUCCGUGGGUUGUUACAUUAAAAAAACAACUAAUCAGGUCGUGAAGGAAGAUAAGCUGCUACUAGCACAGCAACAUGUAUGUUUCGAGAUCGAAGAAGGAUACGGAGAGACCGAUCCAUAUGUGUCUACCUUGUUCGACGAAAUAUGAAACAUGUCAAAUUCGUAUACUUUUGCACUAGAAUCGGGCGGUGGCUGGGGACUGGGAGACGUCUCCUUGAUGGGUGCUGGUGGGCGUAGUUUAGUUCUCAGUAGUUUUGCGCCAAAGGACAUCAAGCUUGGUAUAGCUUGUUGGUGUGAGAACAAAAAAUCUCUUAUCAGAUCAAUUGGUCUAGGUGGGAUUCUUACCAUGCCUGAUAUGCAGACAUUCAACCGAGAUUUCACACAGUUGCUCUAUCAACGGGUAGAUAGUAAUGAACGUUGCCUCAGAGUCGGAGUCAAAGAGGUUGUAGGGAUAAACGAGAUCCAGGUAUCUAGAGUGCUAGGCAUUAGAUAUGGUGGAUCUGUAUCUAUUAAAAGAGAUGAUGGGAUCCCAAGCAUUGAAGACGUAAGGAACGCAAGGGUUAUGUUAUGUCUGGUUAAAGAUGGUUUGCAAAAUACGAAAGAGAUAACAGUUCCAGAGGUGAUCGAGGUCCUGCGUAGAGUUUGCAGCAAUCCAAUGACUAUUCAAGAAGAGGUUAUGACAAAGGUGGCCUUUGUAAUGCUUUGUACGGCAGUUUUUUCUGUCCAAGAGAGAGUCGGACAUCGAUACCUUUAGAUGCAUACGAAAUGGUGAAAGAUCCGUCUAUUCUUCACAAAAUGAACUGGGGGGAGUAUAUAGUUGCUGAAAUUUUUGACGGUGCGAAGAAGGUUCAAAAUUCUCUUAUCACCAAGAAGAUUCCACGUAUACGGAUGCAUAAUAUUCCUUCAGAUACUGUACUUUGACAUGGUCGACACGGGGUUUAUCCGCGUUGACCAAACAUCGACGCCUAGGGUUUCUUACUACACAGGUGUCUGCAUAAAGGCACUUAUCGAGGAAGAUACAAUUUUAGUGAAUGGGAAAAGGUUAUAUGGCUCCAUGCCGGCCAAGGCAUCGAAUCAAGCUAUAAAUGGACACCAGUGCCAGCUGGAAGGUAUAACCGGACAGUGCAAGGCAUGGAUAAUUGAUAGGAUAGAAGAAUACCGUAAGAGCAUGGAGGAGGAAACCAGGGACUUCUACGCAGCCGGUGCAACGUCGGCUGACUUUACAGUGCACACAUUACGCGAGCACGAGGCCAAAAUGAUCCAGAAAGCUGCCAAGCAUAGAAUAGAGUUGGUGGCAUACAUGAAGGGCAAGGGUUACUACGAGCAUGUUGAAAAAUUGAAUUGUAGCUUGGAAGAAAUGUCUUCUAUGAUAGCAGGUUUGCGUUUUAGCAUGGGGAAUUGUUUCGAUGCAGUGGGCGACAGAACACUGGAAAACAAUAUGUCUAUAGAUGAAGGACAAUUUAGUAUGACAGGGAAACGUUCAUCGACAGGAGUAAACGGUAGAUACCUUCUGCUUCGACCUGGAUCAACAUCGGGUUUUGCUUUGUCGGACCUUAACAAUUCAAGUUACCGCAAUGAGCAUGAUUUGUUAGUUCAAGAAAGAGAGGAAGCAAUUUUUUUUGAAGAAAGCAGACUUUCCUUCGACAAACAUGACCAUUUGGACCAAGAUAUUGUUUACGUACCUGACAAUGCUAGGAAGAGGGCACGUGCUGUAUCUUCCAGUUCAGAUGAAGACAGUGACGAAUUUGAGCUUGAGCUACUGAAGAAACAUAUAAUUAAUGAAAAAUGUGGUACAUCACCGUUUGACAUUGGUGCAAAAUAUCCAACAUUUGGAACAGGAUCUUCGGAGUUAGCUUAUCAGAAUCUAAUAGAUUGUUCACGUACAAUCAAGUCAAGGAUAUGGGUGGAACUUGCAAGACCUACUGAAAUUAAGUUGGAUGGGAACACAAUAUUUGAGUUACUAAAGCCGGGCAGGAGGAUGAAUUAUGUCGGUUUUGAUAAGUUUUGCCGCAUUAGCCGGGAGUAUGAGUCGAGAUGGUGUUUAAGCGGCGAUAACAGCCGUUGGAGACACUUUCUGCAUCCUAUGUUGUCGGGCUCUAUUCUACACACAACGAAUCCAUGGUUUAAGAAGCCGAUAAACGACCUUUUCGUGGGUGAACACAUUGGCUACGACGUGGAGUCAUGCAAAAUGUUGUUCGGUCCAUACCAAGAAAAUGACAAGAGCUGGGUCUUAUAUAUAUUCGACCGUAUCGAAAAGAAGCUACAUGUGCUAGAUCCGGCAUUGACAUAGGAACCAAUGGGUGGGAGUAUAUCUUCCAUACAAAUCUGAAUGCAAAGGCAUCAAGCGAUGAUAGUGGUUACUAUGUGGUUCACUACAUGAAAUUUUUUGAUGGAUCAGAGGUCCACGAGAAGAUUAAUGCGAUGGAUCUGCAUGUAUUAAAGAGGAACCUGCUACAGCUAGCAUGCAGGAUGGAAUCAAACAUGGUGGUGGCACCCGAAUGUAU